GCUUCAGCAGCAGCGGCGGAAGCACGCGCAUCUCAAGAGCCCGGUAUCUGCAGAGCUCGAGACGCUUCUGAACGAAGCUGGAAUGGCGCCAUGAACUCGCAUCUUGUGUGAUGGAGGUGAUGUCUUGGUAGGAACCGCAACUGUAGGCUGCUGUGGCGUCGCGUGAGGAGCCAGAACACGACCAUGAGGCUGCUGUUUAUAGUGACACUCUUAUGGCACGAUGCGUUGUGCGGAUCCCCGGGCGUCCAGAUCGGUGGUUUAUUCCCCCGGGGUGCAGAUCAGGAGUACAGUGCAUUCAGAGUUGGCAUGUUUCAGUUUGGAAUGUCAGAUUUCAGACUGACUCCACACAUAGAUAACCUCGAGGUGGCCAACAGCUUUGCUGUCACCAACUGCUUUUGUUCCCAGUUCUCCCGAGGUGUCUACGCAAUUUUUGGCUUCUAUGACAAGAAGUCAGUAAACACCAUCACAUCCUUCUGCGAGACACUUCAUGUCUCUUUCAUCACACCUUCUUUUCCAGCAGAAGGAAUGAAUCAGUUUGUUCUACAGAUGAGGCCAGACAUCAAGGGGCCACUGGUUUCAUUAGUGGAGUACUACAAAUGGGAGCAGUUUGCCUAUCUCUAUGACAGUGAUAGAGGUCUUUCAACUCUUCAGGUAAUACUGGACACUGCAGCAGAGAAAAAAUGGGUUGUCACAGCAAUAAAUGUAGGAGACUUGAAAGAUGAGAGGAAGGAUGAAGCCUACCGCUCCCUGUUUCAGGACCUGGAGAUCCGUAAGGAGCGACGCAUCAUCCUGGACUGUGAACAAGAUAAAGUCAAAGACCUCAUGGAACAGGUGAUCACGAUAGGAAAGCAUGUAAAGGGAUACCACUAUAUCAUCGCCAACUUGGGUUUUCUAGAUGGAGACCUCUCUAAAAUCCAGUAUGGAGGCGCAAAUGUGUCUGGGUUUCAGAUAGUAGAUUUUGACGAUCCUGUGGUGGCCAAGUUUGACCAACGGUGGGAGGCUCUGGAAGAGAAGGAGUAUCCUGGUGCUGAUACACGGAUCAGAUAUACCUCAGCCCUCACUUAUGAUGCUGUCCACGUGAUGACUGAGGCAUUUCGCUUCCUUCACAAGCAGAGAAUAGACAUGAGUCGUCGUGGCAACAGCGGGGACUGUCUGGCCAAUCCAGCAGUGCCCUGGGCACUGGGGGUGGAGAUUGAACGUGCCCUCAAGCAGGUGCGUGUAGAUGGGUUAACAGGGAACAUUCAGUUUGACCAGUAUGGAAAGAGAAUCAACUAUUCUGUCACGAUCAUGGAGCUAAAGAACAAUGGACCUGUUAAGAUUGGCUAUUGGAAUGAACUGGAUAAAAUGGUUGUGACAAAAUCAGACCUUUAUCCUAAUGACACCUUUGGAAUGGAAAACAAGACGGUCAUCGUUACAACUAUACUGGAAGCCCCCUAUGUGAUGCUUAAGAAGAAUUCUGAGCUCUUUCAAGAUAAUGAACGUUAUGAAGGUUACUGCGUUGAUCUGGCUGCAGAGAUCGCAAAGCACUGUGGUAUACGCUACCAGCUAAAGAUUGUUGGAGAUGGCAAGUAUGGAGCCAGAGAUGCAGAAACCAAGAUCUGGAAUGGUAUGGUUGGAGAGCUAGUGUAUGGGAAAGCAGAUAUAGCAGUUGCUCCCCUGACGAUCACUCUUGUCCGUGAAGAGGUGAUAGAUUUCUCCAAACCCUUCAUGUCUUUGGGAAUCUCCAUAAUGAUCAAAAAGCCACAGAAAUCCAAACCAGGCGUCUUCUCCUUUCUGGACCCACUUGCCUAUGAAAUCUGGAUGUGCAUUGUCUUUGCCUAUAUUGGAGUUAGCGUUGUACUCUUUCUGGUGUCCAGAUUCAGUCCUUAUGAGUGGACACUAGAGGAGCCAGAGGAUGGAGCGUUGCCACUAACAACCGAAUCCACCAAUGAGUUCGGGAUCUUUAACUCCCUUUGGUUUUCUUUGGGUGCUUUCAUGCGCCAGGGCUGUGACAUCUCACCAAGGUCUCUGUCAGGUCGCAUAGUGGGGGGGGUGUGGUGGUUUUUCACUCUGAUCAUUAUCUCAUCAUACACUGCCAACCUGGCUGCCUUCCUGACGGUGGAGCGGAUGGUUUCUCCCAUCGAAAGUGCUGAAGACCUGGCUAAACAGACAGAGAUAGCAUAUGGAACCCUGGACUCUGGUUCCACUAAGGAGUUCUUCAGGCGGUCUAAAAUUGCCUUAUUUGACAAGAUGUGGCAGUACAUGAAAUCAGCAGAACCUUCCGUCUUUGUCAAGAAAACGUCAGAGGGUGUUCUUCGUGUCAGGAAAUCAAAAGGGAAGUAUGCCUACCUGCUGGAGUCCACCAUGAACGAGUACAUAGAGCAGAGGAAACCCUGUGACACCAUGAAAGUGGGAGGAAACCUGGACUCCAAAGGCUACGGCAUUGCCACACCAAAAGGAUCCCCAUUAAGAGUGCCAGUAAACCUUGCCGUAUUGAAACUGAAUGAGCAAGGGACCCUAGACAAGAUGAAAAACAAGUGGUGGUACGAUAAAGGAGAGUGUGGCUUCAAGGACUCCACCAAUAAGGAGAAGACCAGUGCUCUCUCUCUUAGUAACGUAGCAGGAGUCUUCUACAUCCUGGUUGGCGGUCUGGGUCUGGCCAUGAUGGUGGCACUGGUGGAGUUCUGCUAUAAGAGCCGUGCUGAGACCAAAAAAAUGAAGAUAAAAUUCACUGAGGCAAUGCGCUCCAAAGCCCGUCUGUCCAUCACAGGAUUGGCCGGUGAGAAUGGCCGCGUCCCAUUGGCUUACCUCCGUCCAGGACUACCCAUGAGCCUCAGCAUGACUGAUCUUUCCUGACCAGGCCCAAGCCAGUGCCUUAAGGCCAAUCGACACCCAUUGUUCCUUCCCCCCGAUGGUGAAUGGAAAUGCUUGUCAUCUCCUUUGGUGACAAAUUACCACUCACCGUGGGUGAUCUGCCCCAAUUUUCAAUCUGGAGUUUAGCCAACCAUGUCUCUCUAAGGAUUCUUGAUCUUGGUCUUUAAAAUCUAGCCUAAAAAGACUGGCCAGAUGUUGUCCUCCCACCCCUUGGCUGUCAGGCUUCAGCAAAGACCUGCCCACCUACGGAGUGAAUCACUUGACUAUCAGCGAGAAAAAUAGCUGGUCAUUUACAAAUUCACGAAAAACAAUCAAGCACAGUGGACCGUUUUCUAAACAAACACAGAUCAUUGUUUUGUAGUUUUUUUGCCAUGGAGGCACCUCUUGUAUAGAAAACAAGGACAACAGUGAUGCUGAUGUUAACGCAAUAACAACAUUAAUCAGGGAUGUGAUAAGGAAUUGUGAGUACAAAAGCAGAAUCUUGGAGCGCUAUGAACAAAUACCGAUGUCCUGAAAAAUCACAUCCAUUAGAUAAUAGUAAUUGUGAUCACAGAUAAUGAUGUUAUUAUUCCUAAUUGUUUUUCUUAUUUUUGCCUGAAAAUCCCUAAUUAGUAGAGACUUUUAACUUUUACCAGGCCCAAGAGAUGCAUGGACUCUCUCUCUCACACACAACAGUUUAAGUACACGUGCACUAUACACAGGGACGGGCAGAGUUUGUGUAUGUGUGUAUUGUGAACAUGUAUGCUGAUACAAAAUAAUCACUAGUUCUUUUAAAGUUCCUUUGUAGAGAACCUAAACAUUUCUGCCUUUGUCGACGCCUAGUGGUGGCAUCAAAAAACACCAAACAAAUGCAACCUGGAGACACUGAGAUUGACUGGGUUGAAACCAACACAUAGACUGCACUGGUUUUUACUGGGAUGAACUAAAUUUUCUACAAUCAAAAACAAAAGCCAUUGCAACAGUUCGAAAAACACCAAAUAUAUGUAGAAAUCAGCAAUUAGUGGCUUUCAUGACAUGUUCCACACCACUCAUAGAUGACAUGUUCAAAUACAAGCAUUAACAGCACCAACUAUUCAGACAUGAAUAUACUCAAUCAAUUUGCACUUGGUUCUUGGUGAAACAAUUGUGCUUACAAUUUAUACAGUAUCCUGUUAUUACCAUAAAGAUGUACAAACUUUAAGUAGAUAUUAACUGUGGUGACAUUGUCAGGUUAUGCCCAGCUUGUAGGGCAUCAAUCAAUUUGAUGUUGACUUCAACUGUCUUACUGAGACAAGACACGUCCCGCAUGUGUACCUGGUUUCAGGUCAGUUUCAGAGCAUUUUGUUGUGUAAAGCUUCAGUCUCAGGUCAGGUGCAGGUGUGGUUAUUUUCAAAUGUAAUUUACAAGAACUUUCUCUCUUUCUCUCUCUGACUGUGCUAGUAAUUUGCAUCUGUGUGUGUCAUGCUGUAAGUAGUUACAAAAUGCUCUGGGGUGGACGAGCAAAGAGACAGUGUAGCAUUAAGCUGGUGAUCGAACAGUUUGCAUUGGAUGAGAUAAAGCAAAAAUAUACAGACAGGUGACGAAUUAAAUGAAA